CCCAAAUCCAAUUUAAACAAAACCAAAAACUCCACUUCUCACGAACUCUUGUAAUUAUUCAUAUUUUUACUCCAUUUGAAUAGAGUUUCAUGAUAAAGUAUCAAUCUGUACAGGAUAGGAUACUAACAAUAGCAAUCAAAAUCCAACACUAAAAUAACACUCCAAAAUCUAUCUUCUCACAAAAAGCAUAUUUCUUCCCAGUAUUACCGCUUUAAAUUGAUCAUUUUUCUUUCAAUCUCCAUUCUCCAUUUCAAAAUAAAUCAAGAAUAAAAAAUAAAAAAUCAUAAACUGUAAUUAACACUCCAGUAAUAAUUACUGAUUACCAGUAGGUGAAACCCUAUACACCACCAAACAAUCGAGAAUUUUCUUGCCAUACCAAUGGUCGCCGAGGAUGCGACGUCUUGGAGAGAUCCUGGCGGCGAAGAGGACGAAUUCAGGACUGGUGAAUUUUCCGGCGAGAGAGAACUGACCGGCGGCCGAUUAGGCACACCCCCACUACCAGAUGUAUUCACUACAAGCCUGUUCUUCCCGAAGAUCUCUACGGGUAACAAUACUUGCGAAAUUCCGAAAAUCGCCACCGGAUUUUGGUCAAACACCGUCUGAGUCACCGACGCCACCACGUUUCCGGUGCCGAUCGUCAACGAUCCGUUGAUUUUGGAAAUGUUUAGGGUGAAACUCCCUGCCCAGUUCUGCUCUGUCUCUAGGGUAGGCUGAAUCGGGUUCACGACUUUUUCCAGCGAACCCAGCGGGUAGUAGGAGUGGAGGACGUGGAAUCUGAGGACGGACGCCUUUUGAUCGGCCGGAAGCGAUUGGAAUCCCACCGAAUUCGGCAGAUCCGCGAAUGCUUCGUCGGUUGGGAUGAAGAGCGUGAGGCCGGCGCCGCUCUCAUCUCUCUCGAAUUCCUCUUCGACGCCGGAAGCCGUGAGCAUCGAGGCGGCGACGUUGAAUCCGUGGCCGUCGAUGAGGGCUUUUGUGAUGCUGAUCCCGGGAGACGGCCGGGUCUCCGAUGCCAUGAGAUCUAUUCCGGAAGGUACCAGAAGAGAACUUACCGAGAAGAUGGAGAUGGUGUACGGAACAUCCGCGAUUUUCCCUACAAUAAUGGCGUUGGAGUUUUCUAAAUGGACGGUACUCUUAUUGGUUACCGGAUCCCAGGUGAUAUUGACUGCCCCUAAGAUUCCGGGGGCACGGCCGGUGGUCUGGAACAGAGUGGCGACGACUUUUCCCUUCGGCGGUAUGGUCCUGAGAGCGUCCCAGGAGAUGUACUCGAGGAGGACAUGGUAGCGAAGGGCGUCGCUGAUAUUGGAGGCGGCGGAGACGCGGAGGAAGUCGUUGGGGACGGCGAGGAUGGUGAGGGAGGAGCGGUUGGCGAGAUCGGCGGCGAUGCUGGUGGCGGCGAGCUGGUGUGUGAAGUCUGUGAGAUUGGAGUAGGAGGAGAUGAGGGUGGUGAUGUUGGUGGCAAGAGUGGGGAGGUGGCAGGUGGAAAAGAAGAGGAAACAGAGGAGAAUGAGAGGGGCAAAAUGGGAAAGGGGAACAGGAGCUGCCAUGGCUGGCUCCUCUACUUUACCUUUGAUCCGUGCUAAAAAUGGAGCUAAGAGAGAUGAAAGCUAAAAGUGAAAGAUUGAGAAUGACAGGGGAAGAAGGUACGCCGCUUGGGAGUGAGUUGGCUAAAGGGUCGUCCAUAGUGAUUGAUAGUUGGCUGGCUAUCAUACCCCAGUCCUAGACGACACAUUUCACUGACCACAAGGGUUUUUGACGUCUGGACCCGACAAGGCAUUUGCGAGAUUAUAAGUUAUGGUGGCUCAAUAAAUUCAAUGGUGGUGAUAGACUUUGUAUUUGUGCACAUCAUAGAUUGAUCUCAUCCAACACACAGGAGCUGUAACUUUCACACAAUUGCUGCGGGUUUCAAUCCUUGGUCAAAUUGAAGCGAACCAUUAAUAAACGGAGAUGAAAUGAUGGAAGCGAGCAAGCAAAGAGGAGUUUUCUUAUGCACGGUAAUCCCAAAAGUUUCAUCCAUAUCAACCUCCUCAACACUCAUCCUGUCUGGAAGCUGCCAGUCAAACCGAUAUAAAAGAUUGGCAAGCGUGAGCUCCACCAACGGGACCGAGAAGUUUAAACCAGGACAACCCCUCCGCCCUGCUCCAAACGGUAUAAACUCGAAGUGCAUGCCUUUAUAAUCAACCUCACUUUCCAAGAAUCUUUCGGGCCAGAAAUCCAUUGGAUUUUCCCAUGCC